GUGCUCACAUUUGAUCAGGUCCACACGCCGCCCUCUGCUUCAGAUUCCUGUGAGAUACAAGCGCUUCUGUGGCACCCACCGAGAAGAUUUGGAUAUUUGUGCUCUGUCAGUGGGGAGGGGGGGUCAUCUGAUAUUCUGUUCUCUGCCUGAAGAAGGAUGGACGCGUGGAAGAAUAUGUUAAAUUGUUUGAUGCCUGUGAAAUUCAGAGAGUAUGUGAAGGACUACUGCAAGAGGAAUGGACUGCUGACGCUCUCGGUCUUUGCCGUUAUCACUGGCUGUGUGCUUGGAUUUACUUUGCGUACAUUCAAUCUCUCAACGCAGGCCAAGAUCUACUUCUCGUUCCCUGGAGAAUUACUGAUGAGGAUGUUGAAGAUGUUGAUUCUGCCACUGAUCACCUCCAGUCUUAUGUCUGGACUGUCGGCCAUGGACACGAAGGCAAGUGGUCGAUUGGGAGUUCUGACUGUCACCUACUACCUGUGGACCACCUUCAUCGCUGUCAUCGUAGGCAUUGUACUUGUGCUCAUCAUUCACCCUGGGACAGGGUCAGAGAAAGACGGCCACCAUGCAAGUUCGGGGCCUGUUAUGACCUCUGCUGAUGCUCUGCUUGACCUGAUCAGGAACAUGAUCCCUUCAAAUCUGAUAGAAGCUACUUUUCAGCAGUAUCGGACAGAUUUGGUCCCCAUUGUGCAUAGUGCCAGCGAAAAGGAGUCCCAGGCCAACUAUGUAUACGUCAUGCCGGACUACCAGAAUCCUAAGCUUGGCCACCCUGUGUUUCUGGAGAUCACACCUGCUCCUGACAUCAAUUACAAAAUUGUUCCCAGUUCAAGCAAGGGCAUGAACGUGUUGGGAAUCGUCAUCUUCUCAGCCACCAUGGGUCUGCUGCUGGGGAAGAUGGGAGAACGUGGAUUGCCGCUGGUCAACGUGUGCCAGUGUAUCAACGAGUGCGUGAUGAAGAUCAUUAAUGCUGCCAUGUGGUACUUCCCCUUUGGCAUUGUGUUCCUGGUUGCAGGAAAGAUCCUGGACAUGCAUGACCCAGCCCACCUGGGCGAGAAGCUUGGCAUGUACUUCAUCACGGUGCUUGCGGGUCUGUUUGUGCACGGCCUCAUCUUGCUGCCUCUCUUCUACUACAUACUUACCCGCAAAAACCCCUUCAGUUAUAUAAGAGGGCUGCUCCAGGCUCUGGUCAUUGCACUGGCUACUUCAUCCAGCUCAGCCACCCUGCCCAUCACCAUGAAGUGUCUCCUGGAGAACUGUGGGGUGAACCGGCAGAUCGCCCGCUUCGUGCUGCCCGUGGGAGCUACAAUUAACAUGGACGGGACUGCUUUGUAUGAAGCUGUGGCAGCUAUUUUCAUUGCUCAGGUCAAUGACCAUGACUUGGACUUCGGUCAGCUGGUCACCGUUAGUAUAACUGCAACAGCAGCCAGCAUUGGAGCAGCCGGAAUACCCCAGGCAGGUUUAGUUACCAUGGUAAUCGUCCUGACUUCUGUGGGGUUGCCUCCUGCUGACAUCUCGCUGAUUGUGGCCAUCGACUGGGUUCUCGACCGUUUCCGGACAAUGAUCAAUGUUCUUGGGGAUGCGUUAGCUGCUGGGAUUAUGGCUCAUUUGUGUAAAAAGGACUUCGAAAAAGCUCCAGGAGCUGCUCCUUCACCUUCUCCUUCAGCUGCCACUGCCAAUGGCCGGAGAGACACAGUAAUCUCUUUUGGCAACCAGAGUGUAGCGCUGUCAGAUGCUCCUCUGCUCGCACACCGCUGUGACUAUGUGUUCGAGGUGGACGGAGAAAACGUGCUGGAGAGACCUGUGCCCUGCUACAAUCUCUGCCACGUCUGAGACCCUUUUUGCUGAACAGACCCAAAGGGAUACACGACACAGAUUAUUCUCAGAAGACCAAAUGAACAACUUGUGGCUCUGAAUGCUCAAGUCAUGUUUAGUUUCUGGAAAGAUACCAAACAUCAGGCGUGUUGAGCUGUCUGGGCUUAGUGGCUUAAGUGUAUCUUACAUGUGCCAUGCCGAAAACAGAAACCUAUAUUACUUUACAGCCUCUAUGUUCCCAUUCGGUUUGGACUGAGUGGGGAGAUGCGAGGAAAUCAGCUUCACAUGCAACCUGAAUCUCAUCAGCAAUACUGAAUUACUGUUUGAGAGCAAAUGAAGUGACUAGUAGUGACUUGCACUGAAAGAAAGAAGUGAUGAUCAGCAUGUGGUUGCAGCCAGACAUCCACAGUAGGCCUGUUCUGACACUGUCCGAUUGCAGGUACUAAAGGUACGAAAUUGCCUUAACACAACCUCAGUUUUGAAAGUUAUGCUGAGAAAUUUUAAGACUUGAAAGUAAGAAGAUACUGAUAAGCAAAAGACAUUCUGAACAAACUGUGUAUAGAUUGAUAUUAUAGCAAAAUCAACAGAAAUAGACAAAAUUCUGACUGACAGAAUGACCAUUUCUGUUUUUAUACCUAUGCUUUGACAUUUUGUAAUAAAAGCCUGCUGCACUGAAACUUGUUUUUUUUUAUUAUUCUAAAAUACUCUUUGUAGAGAUUUUUUUCUGAAA